UUCCCUUUCCCUCAAAACCCUAAGUGUUGUCUCAGGUGAAACACGUCCCUCGAGCCUCAGUGUCACGCUGCUCGCAACUCGCAACUCGCAACUCGCAACUCGCACAUCGCCAUCGCCAUCGCCGUCGCUAUCGCCGUCGCUGUCACAGCAGCUCGCACGUCGCCGUCGCAGCAGCUCCGCACGUCGCAGGCCGCCGCACGUAGCAUCCCGCCUCACAUCGCAGUAGCGCUGCACUUCCAUUCUGCAAUCUCAAAGUGCAUGGUUACAGUCCAAUUAAAGUUUCCAAUCGCUGACGCUGUCGAGCCGACUGCUGCCAACACUUCCAUCUCCAGCCCUAAUUAAAAAAAGUUGAGGAACAGAACUAUACAUUGCUUACAGGACCCUUGACAUAUGCUUUAUGUUCAGACUUGAAUCACCAGCAUGGAUCUGAAUGCCUUGCCACAGCCAGAGGAUGAUGACGAGAUUUUUGGACAACAAUUAGAAGAUGAACCGCAAGAACCUAUUAUAUUACAUAGCGACGAACGUGCAGAUUAUGUCACUACUGCUGUAGAGAUUUCACGUCGCGAGCGGGAGGAAAGGAUUCAAAGACUUAAAAGACAACAUCCAGAUGAUAGACCUGCAUAUCCAUCUCAACCACGAAUGCGGGAUGAGAUCUUUCAGACGAAGAGACAGAAGCCAAGCAGCAGACUUCCUCCAGGUUGGUUGGAUUGUCCUGCAUUUGGACAGGAGAUAGGUUGUAUUAUUCCUUCAAAGGUUCCAUUGGAUGAAACUUUCAAUGAUUGUGUUCUUCCUGGCAAAAGAUACUCGUUUAGGCAAGUCCUCCACCAACAGAGAGUUUUAGGAAGAAAACUUGGUAUGGUGAUUGAUCUCACCAAUACAAGUCGAUACUAUUCAUUGUCAGAUUGGAGGAAAGAAGGCAUCAAGCAUGUAAAGAUUCAAUGCAGAGGCCGUGGGUCUGCACCUGACAAUGAGUCUGUAAAUUUAUUUGUCUAUGAGGUUUCACAAUUUCUUGCCCGUCAGAAACAUGCAAAGAAGUAUAUUCUUGUCCACUGCACACAUGGGCAUAACCGCACAGGGUUUAUGAUCAUUCAUUAUCUUAUGCGUACGCUACCAAUAUCUGUCAGUCAGGCAAUUAAAAUUUUUUCUGAUGCUCGUCCUCCUGGGAUCUAUAAGCCAGACUAUGUUGAUGCCCUAUAUGCCUUCUAUCAUGAGAAAAAACCUGAAAUGGUUGUUUGUCCUCCAACACCUGAGUGGAAAAGAUCUUCUGAGCUUGAUCUGAAUGGUGAUGCUAUGCCUGAUGACGAUGACGAUGGAGGUCCUACAGCUCCUUUGACUGACAAUCUUGAAGCACAAGUAGUAACUUCAAAUGAUGACAUUUUGGGAGAUGCAAUCCCCCAAGAUCAGCAAAAUUAUUUACGACAGUUCUGUUAUCAAGCACUGAAAAUGACCCCAGGGGGUAGAGGCCCACAGUUUCCUGGUUCACAUCCAGUCUCUCUUGACAGGGAAAACUUGCAGUUAUUAAGGCAGCGUUACUACUAUGCUACAUGGAAGGCUGAUGGGACACGAUAUAUGAUGCUGAUCACAAUGGAUGGCUGUUUCUUAAUUGAUAGGCAUUUCAACUUCCGGAGGGUUCAGAUGAGAUUUCCUUGCAGACACACUAAUGAAGGUUUAGCUGAAAAGACCCACCACUUCACUUUACUUGAUGGAGAGAUGGUAAUUGAUACUUUGCCUGACACACAGAAGCAGGAAAGGAGAUACCUAAUUUAUGAUAUGAUGGCCCUGAACCAUGUGUCUGUCAUCGAGCGACCCUUUUAUGAACGGUGGAGAAUGAUCGACAAAGAAGUGAUUGGUCCAAGGAAUUAUGAACGUCAACAUAUAUACCAGAGUAGAAACCCUUACUAUAGAUAUGAGUUGGAGCCUUUCAGGGUGAGGAGGAAGGAUUUUUUUCUGCUCUCUACUGUAAUAAAACUUCUCAAAGAAUUUAUCCCAAAGCUUUCACAUGAAGCUGAUGGUCUUAUUUUUCAGGGUUGGGAUGAUCCUUAUGUUCCUCGCACUCAUGAGGGUCUCUUGAAGUGGAAAUACCCUGAAAUGAACUCGGUUGACUUUCUGUUUGAGGUGAUCGAUGAUCGUGAAUUGCUGUAUCUACAUGAACGAGGGAAGAAGAAACUAAUGGAGGGGAAUAGAGUUAUUUUCCCAGAUGGUUCUGAUCCGUCAGCCUACUCUGAUAAAAUAAUAGAGUGCUCUUUUGAUACCAAUAACCAAAAAUGGAUAUGGAUGAGGACCAGAGUUGAUAAAGGAACUCCGAAUGAUUACAACACGUACAGAAAGGUGAUGAGAAGUAUUACCGACAACAUCACUGAAGAGGUGUUGUUGAAUGAGAUAUAUGAGAUCAUUCGACUGCCAAUGUAUGCGGAUAGGAUACAGAGUGAUAGCAAAGCUCAUGUACGGCGCAGAUGAAUGAAUUGGUUGAAGCUAGUAAUCGUAUUGGAGCUUAGUUGUGUUCAUGUAUAUCAAAUAGAAGGGUAUUUACGAGCAGCCUUAGUCCUUAGGCGUGUUUUGUGUACUAUACUGGGUUUGUUGAAUGGAUCCAGUUGGCACACUGUAAACUUAGUGGCCAUGUCCAUAACUGGGCCUUUUGUUUUUUUCUUCAUUAGCGAUAAGGUGGCCUUGUAUAUUAGUUGUUUUAGUUUGCCUUUUCUUUUUCCUGGUUACUGUAAAGUUCUUCAGUAGUAGUUAAAAACUUCAAGCUCUAUGUUAUCUAUUCCCUUGUGAAUAUAAGUUUGUUCUACCAGUAAUUUUCAAUUUAUCAUUUGCCUUUGUUUUUAA